AUGCUCCUCCAGAUCCUCUUGUGCCUGCGGUGCACCCGCGCCGCCGCGCGCACCGGCGUCCUCUCGCGCCGGUGGCGCGGCCUCUGGGCCCGCCUCCCCGGUCUCACCUUCCGCGACGUCCCGGCCGCCGUGGUCAAAGCGGCGCUCGGCUGCGUCCCUCGCCGUACAUCCAUGUCCCUUCUCGACGCCCUCCCGUCAGCAUCGUCAUGCCUUGCUUUCGCCGAGCCACCUCCAUUGAGUUGGACACGCCCGCGGUUGCGCCUGCUCAGGGUCACCUUCCGUGAGGUCGAGGCCGUAUCGCUCCAAGCCGCGCUUGCCACACUCGAGUCCGCUGUGGCGCUCGGCCUCACGGUGUCCCUUCUUGGCCUCGAAUGCGACCAAAUUAAUAAUUGGAGGCGCAGUGUUAGUGGCGUUAGCGUUGCCUCCCUUCUCUGCGCCGCAGCGAGGCUCUCUCCGCAGGAACUCAUCUUCACUAACAACUCCUUCAAACACAUUUUUGCGAACCUGCCCUCAUUCCACUGUGCCACGUCGGCAGAGAUGGAGUUGCGCACCUUCCGUUUCACACAACUACCGGCCAGAGAAUUCUCAGCUCUCGAGAGGUUGUGCCUCAGGGGAUGCACCAUCAUAAACCUUGUCACAAUUCUCGCCCUCUGUCCGCGCCUGCGCGUGCUCAAGGUGAUGGCAGAUAGGUCCGCGCGUGAUGUUAAAAUCAACUCGGAGUCACUGCAGGAGCUUGAUCUUAGUGUCUACGGAGUAGUCAAAUGUCAAGGCCUCCAAAUCAUGACGCCGCUACUUAAGCAACUGAAGCUCAAAGUUUGUUCCAACCCAGACCUUAGGGUGUCCAUCUCAACAACCCCAAUGGUGGAGAAGGUCUCAUGGUUGCUUACAUAUAACACUGAGUCGUCGCUUAUUUUUGGUUUUUGGUCGCUUCAGAGCAUGAGAUUAGAGACGAUAGGGAGCUAUAAAUACAAUGAUGGGGUGAGCAGCAACCAAGAGGAAGAUGCAUGUUUGCGCCCCCCAGGCUGCAAUGUCCUUUCUUUGUACAUAUCUGCUUAUCUCUAUGUAUGUCUCUUGUCGACCAACUCUUUAAAAGAUUUCCUUGCUAAACUAAUUCUGAAGGCUCCAUGCUAUACAUCAAGCUAAAUAAUUAUGUUGUUUUGUAGAAUCGUUUGGGUGCAGCAAUGGACUUUGCGCCGGAGAUGGAGAAACUUCCAGUUGCCAACUUUACUGUGUUGGAGCUACAUCUCAACGCAAUGGGACAUGUUUUAGGAGGACUUCUCCGGCAUCUCCU